AUGCCCUCUUACUUCUAUCACCUCAGUCUUGAAGUGAUCCGAACCAAUGAUUCCUCUCAAAAAGAGUCAUCAUUAGCUCUAGAAUCAGCCUAUGAAGCUCUCCAACCAUUCCAAAGCCGAUCCCGCUCUUCAAACUCCACACCACCGUCAAGCGCAACCAGCGAAUUAAAGAAUACCAAUAAGCACGAUACCAACGAACUCACACUCACACACCGGUCUCGAUUUUCGUCCGGUUUCAACAAUACCCCGCCUUCUCAACAAUCACGACGAUCAAGCCAUUCCCCCGCUACUCCUUCCUCGACCUCCCCACAUCCCACACCGACACUACGAACAGACCCCCGCGCUGGCCCCAUAACGAUAGAGUGCAUUGAUAUGGUCGCGCAUGAUAGUGGUUCCGCAAAUCGCGCCUCACGGUGUCCCGCGCCCGAAGAAGAUAACCUCGUCGCAGCAGGUAUUGGAACUGAUAUCCUGGGCGGGUUGCGCACAAAGGGUCGGUACAUCCCGCUCGAUCAAAAGACAAAGGACAGUAUCUUUGGAACCGUACAUUUGUACCGCGACUCUCAGGAAACGCCGUACCUAGCGAAUAACGAUGAUGAUUAUCCGACCUACCUGAAAGGUUCUGCGGCGGCGGCUAGACAUCCUGGAGAUCAGCAGGGCUCAGCUAUCACGGGGAGUACAAGGCAUGGUGGAGGCACAAAUUCGACGGAUCUCAAAGCAUUCCCCUUCCCUGUGACUGCUUCUUCGGCUUCGUCUCUCUCUCGGUCCUCGCCUACGCGUGGUCUUGAUGAUUGCUCUACAUUGUGUAUUCUCGCUGUGCCUUCUUACCUUUCUCCGUCCGACUUUUUGGGGUUCGUGGGUGAGAAGACGUUGGAUGAUGUUAGUCAUUUUCGAAUGAUUCGGACGCCGCGCGCGAAUCGGUACAUGGUUCUGAUGAAGUUUCGAGGUGGAAAGAAGGCUGUUGAGUGGCAGAAAGAAUGGAAUGGGAAGGUGUUCAAUAGCAUGGAACCUGAGACAUGCCAUGUGGUUUUUGUCAAAUCGGUUGAGAUUCAAGUUGUUGAGCCGGGUUCGCCAUCUAGUCUCUCUCCUGCGGAACCUGGUCCUAUCUCCUCGGGACAAGCUACCCUUUCUACGAAGCCUCUUGCGCCUCCUACUCCGGCACUUAUUGAGUUGCCUACUUGCCCUGUUUGCUUGGAACGAAUGGACGAGACAACUGGUCUACUGACUAUAAUCUGUCAGCAUGUCUUCCAUUGUACUUGUCUACAAAAAUGGAAAGGAAGCGGUUGCCCGGUAUGUCGGUAUACGCAAGAUGAUUUCCGCAGAGCAGGCAAUACCAUGGACUCAACUGAGGAACCUGCUGAGUGUAACGUCUGCCACUCUGAAGAGAAUCUCUGGGCAUGUCUGAUUUGCGGAACUGUUGGCUGCGGUCGAUAUGAUGGCGCACACGCAUUCGACCACUGGAAACAAACCGCGCACGUUUUCGCAAUGGACCUCAACUCCCAGCGUGUCUGGGAUUAUGUCGGCGACGCAUACGUACACCGUAUCAUUCAAAGCAAAACAGACGGCAAGCUAGUCGAGCUCCCAGCCGCAGAUCAUAGCGCUCUCGAUCCGCCAGACUGGGCUGACGCCGUCCCCCGGGAAAAGCUCGAGAACAUGAGCGUAGAAUACACCCACCUCCUCACGAGCCAACUUGAAAGCCAGCGAGCUUACUUCGAAGAAAUUGUCGAACGUGCAGCGGACAAGGCAUCGCAGGCAAGUGCCGCCGCCGUUGCAGCGGAAGAAGCGGCGAAUACUACAGCGAAACAUCUUUCAGAUCUCCAAUUGAAGUACGACUCUAUUCAUACUGAGACUAUUCCUGGUCUUGAGCGAGAUCGCACCCGACUUGAGAAGCGGGCUGAGAAAUUCGAGGCGUUGGCCCGGCGUAUGGAGAAGGAUUAUCGAGAGGAGAAAACUAUGAAUCAGUCUCUUAUGGAGAGGUUGGGUCUUCUUACGGAGGAGAAUGGAACCUUGAAGACUCAGAAGACGACGUUGGAGGAGGAGAAUAGGGAUUUGAGUUUUUUUAUUAGUGCUUCUCAGCGAUUGGAGGGUCAAGGCGAUGAUAUUACGGAAGGAACUGUUAGUGUUCCUGAGCCGGAGGCUGGGAAGAAGAAAAAGAACAAGGGGAAGGGGAAGAGGUAG